AUGAUGGAUUUGGGGAUACCACAAGAAGUUGCUCGAGGAGUGGUACAUGGUUCUUGGAAGAAGGUGAUGGAAGCCACCACGCCACAUGCUAUGAUUGAGGAAUGGGAAAAUUUCAAAAAUGGAUUUUGGGGGAGGAAUAGUAAGUUGAUAGAAUACUUGGAUCGUGAGUGCUUGGAGCAUAAAGAGAAGUGGGCUUGUGCUUACACUAACAAUAUUUUUCAUAUUGGUACCACAAGUACGAAUAGGGUUGAAUCGGCUCACUCGACUCUCAAAGCUUGGCUAAACACUUCGACUGGGGGAAUUGAUACAUUAUUUUUAUCAUGGCAUGCUAGCAUUGGGAGGCAAGUGAUAGAAAUUAGGAAAGAGCUAGAGACAUGUCGAACAAAGACUUUCAAAGGAGCCUAUGGACCACCCUACGGCGUUAUAAGGGGAAGUGUAAGCCUAUAUGCGCUUGAGUUGAUGUUUGUAGAGGGAAAGAAGACUCCGUCGAAAUGUUAUUGUGUGAUUGGGAGGACACAUGGGCUCCCAUGCAGUUGUCGAAUCAACUCCUUUAAAAGAGCGGGAGACCAUUUUCAGAUAACACACUUGGCACCAUUCUGGUCUACUUUGGACUAUGCUAAUCCUCAUGAUGCAAGACGGUUCGAAGACAAUGACGCCAAUGAUCUUCAGAUUUUUCAUGAUCUAGUGGCUGAGGUGUGUAGACGUGGUCCAUCUGCAGUUCGAGCAGCCAAGGUCGCAUUAAUGAGUCAGCUUUACCCCGAAGAGGAAGGCCUUAGGGAGCCACGAGUGUCUACGAAGGCAAAAGGUCGGCCACCUAAAAGGGAAAACGCUCGUGAUCCUUCUUGGCAUGAAGAGAAAAGCAACAACCUCAGAUGA